AUGACAGAUACGAAUGUGAAAGCCUGGCUUAAUUCUUGGCUGCAGAGAAAACAAAUCCACCCUAAUUAUGACAUAAGACCUGCUCCCGGUCGAGGAAAAGUUCGUUUCAAGUGUGAACUUCGAGCAUCAAGCUUUGGCUACAUCGGAGUUGGAAACGCUGGCUCAAAGAAAGAUUCUCAAGCUCACGCUGCUUUCGAUUUCUGCCAGUAUCUCCUGCGAGAAGGACAUGUUAACCAGUCUGAAUUUCCGUUUACAAAUGCUGGAGUUGUCCCCGAACCUAGUUUCACCGCCGAUAAUUCUCCUGGAUUCAAAGGAGGACCGGUGUCACUUCCAGGCGGAAAACAACUGCCUCACACGAAACUAGGAGCGACUCCUCAAAAUCAAGAAUCCGGGCAUUUCGGUGGCUAUGGCAAAUUUGGCGCUGGGGCUUCCGCGAAAGGACAAAUGCUCGCCGACUACCAGAAUCGACAGCAAAUGCUAGACCAGCGAACAGCAGAUCAAACUGCAAAUGCUGAAGGGGUCGAUUUGACUGCGAAAAUCCACGGUGGAUGGACGCUCGAAAAUGGGCGACAGCAACUGAACCAGUUCUGUGUGGAUAAUCGUAUUCAAGCACCACAGGCGAGUUUUCGCGCUGUUGGGCCUGAUAACAUGCGUUCUUUUCUUGCGGAGAUGACCUUCUACGUGCCCAAGCUUCGUAGAAGCCUCCAGGCGAGAGAGUCUGCUUCUACUAAAAAGUCUGCGGAAAGAUCUGCUUCCCUCUCCAUCGUCCGUCAGCUUUAUCACCUCGGCGCGAUUCCAGCUUAUACUGGCGAAGCAAAGAAGAAACAGUCUGAAACAGAGUUCGACCCGAUCGGCGGCGAUUUCAAUGACGACCUAGCAGCAGAACUGAAAAGUACAGUCAAGGAGCUGGGCAUCCAAGUCGCAGAUUUCACCAAAGAUGGUUCGCUCAAUGUCGAAAGCAUGGUUAAAUUCGAAGAGCAAGAGCCUGUUCCUGGCGGUUGUAUUCCUUGGUGUCCUCCGAUGCCCAGUUGGAAUCCUUGGACUGGGUCGAACAUCGAAGAAGGGCCUUAUGUGUCUGCCUCGAUGGAAGAGAUCAACGCUGAUAUUGAGCAGCAGGAACAAAUCCGACUCUCGCAAAUAGACCCCGCCAUCGCCGAAACACGAAACAAUCUGCCAAUUUUCAAUGCUCGGCAACAAUUGCUCGAUACCAUCAACAACAACACCGUCACAAUCGUCAAGGGAGCAACCGGAAGUGGAAAGACAACACAACUACCUCAAUACAUUCUCGAGCAAGCCUUGGAGGCCAAAUGCGGUGGCGAAUGCAACGUUAUUGUCACCCAGCCAAGAAAAAUUUCAGCUGUUUCAAUCGCUGACCGAAUCGCAAAAGAACGAGGGGAGGAGCAAGGUCAAUCUUGCGGCUAUUCGGUGCGCUUCGAAUCUGUCUUUCCGAGAUCACACGGUUCGAUCAUGCUCUGCACGGUCGGAGUGCUUCUUCGAAAGCUAGAAUCUGGCCUCCGAGGAGUCAGCCACGUCGUCGUUGAUGAAAUUCACGAGCGAGACUUGAACACAGACUUCUUGCUCGUCGUCCUUCGAGACAUUUACGCAGAGUUCCCGAAUGUCCGAAUCAUCCUCAUGUCAGCAACAAUCGACACUAGUGCCUUCUCAGAAUACUUCGGCGGCGCACCUGUCGUUGAAGUCUCAGGAAGGACGUUUCCGGUGACACAGUACUUUUUGGAGGAUAUUGUGCAGAUGCUCAACUACAGCCCGGAAGUUAAGAUCAUGAAUUCAAAGCAGCGAAAGAGAAAGAAGCGCAACGAUGAGCAAAACGAAGAAAAUGCGGAAGAUCAGGACGCGCUUAUUCAACAAGACAAGACAAACUGCAACGAACUUGUUAGCGAAGAUUACGCUCCAGAAACCCGACAGGCCGUUUCUCAAAUGAGUGAGGCACUCAUCGAUUAUGGCGUCAUCGAACAACUGCUUUCGUACAUCAAGAGUUUGAAUGUCCCCGGCGCGAUUCUAGUUUUUCUUCCUGGAUGGGCCUCGAUAUCUGGACUGAUGAGGCAUCUGAACAAUCAUCACAUUUUCGGCGGACCUGGUUAUCGAAUCCUUCCGCUUCAUUCUCAAAUUCCCAGGGAAGACCAGUACCAAGUUUUUGUUCACCCACCAGAAGGAGUCACAAAAGUCAUCCUGUCAACUAAUAUUGCCGAAACUUCGAUAACGAUCGACGAUGUUUCGUUCGUAAUUGAUUCGUGUAAAGUGAAAAUGAAGAUGUUUACUUCUCACAACAACAUGACAAAUUAUGCUACCGUGUGGGCAUCUCAAUCAAAUAUUGAGCAGCGAAAGGGUCGAGCUGGUCGAGUUCGUGAGGGUUUCUGCUUCAAUCUCAUCACAAAAGAGCGCCACGAUCGACUGGACGAGCAAGCUACUCCUGAAAUCUUGCGAACUCCGCUUCACUCGGUCGCUCUCACGAUCAAGCUCCUGCGUUUGGGAAGCAUCGCUGAUUUCUUGUCCAAAGCUCUUGAAGUCCCUUCUCUCGAUGUCGUCAUUGAGGCUGAACACACUUUGAAGGAGCUCAACGCUUUGGACAAAAAUGGAGAGAUGACACCACUCGGCCGGAUCCUCGCCCGACUUCCGCUGGAGCCAAGACUCGGAAAAAUGCUUAUUCUCGGCGCCGCCUUCGGAAUUGGCGACUGUAUGACGACAAUUGCCGCGGCUUCUUGCUUCAACGAGCCUUUUCAAAUUGAAGGUAAACGAAUGCCUGGCAAGCAUCGUCAAUACGCGGGUGAUAGAUUCUCUGAUCAUGUGGCUUUGCUCUGUCUGUUUGACGAUUGGAAUCGAAUACGAGAGGGCGGCCCAGACCGAGAGCAGAGCUGGUGUGAUGCCAAACAGAUAAAUAUGUCGACAAUGAGGUGCACUUGGGAAGCGAAACGGCAACUGAUGGAAAUUCUCUUCAAUUUCGGCUUUCCCGAGGAAUCGCUAGUACCCAAAGGAAUCACGAACAGCCAAGAGGACGAACGACUUGAUGCUGCGAUCACUCUACUCGCUCUGGCUCUCGCACCAAAUGUAGCAAUUCAUACCGAUGGCCGAAAAGUGAUUGUUGAUGGGAAGCAAGCGCUGCUUCACAAACAUUCGGCCAACUGCCCCUUCGGCAACAAAGGAGUCGUCUUUCCUCAUCAAGCGUUCAUGUUUUCGGAAAAAGUGCGAACCAAAUGUGUCACUGCCAGGCAAACGACAAAUGUAACGGCUGCUCAACUUGUUCUUUCGUCGAAAUCUGUGGCGGUCUCCGAUGGAAUCGUUACCGUCGAUGAGUGGAUUCCAAUCGCGAUGAAGCCAGAAAAUGCUGCUUAUCUUUGCUCGCUGAAAUCGGAAAUUGACGGAAUCGUCAUCACGAGCGUCAGUAAUCCAGAAAAUGUGAUAUCUUUUGGAAAUGAAGACAAGAUGCUCAUCGAUAUCAUCACGAAAGUAUCCUCUCCUCUCGCGAUUCCAAGCUCUUCUUCACUGCAAGAUUGUCAUCAAUCAAUCCGAGGAAUGGACCGAUUUGAGAGUUUUGGCAUGGGUGCUCCACCUCCGAAGCAAUUUGCAAGAGGUGGUUUCCAAGGUGGUGCUUCUGGUGGCAGCCCUGGAGGAGGCGGACGGUCUUGGACUCCGCAGAGAGGUUCUCCAGGAGGCAGCUUUGGAGGAGCCCGUGGAGGUGGCAACUUUUCAAGUCCAAGGCCGAUGGGAGGAGGAAGAGGUGGCAUUCUUCCCGCUAACUUCGGCAUGGAACGAAGAGGCGGUGGAUUCGGCAACAGAGGCCGAGGAUUUGGUGGUAAUCGAGGCUCAUUUGGAGGCAACAGAGGCUCGUUCGGUGGGAAUAGAGGCGGAGGCUUUCGAGGUCGAGGAGGUUUCGGGGGCAACCGACAAGGAUACUUCUAA